AUGGCGGGCAUGCCCGUGCUGGGGAACAGCGUCGGCGCAGGCGAGCUGCGCGACAACGGCCGAGAAGCCAGCAACAGGUCGUCAAGCAGCGGCUCUCGGCGCGGUUCCUCCCCCCACCACGCUCAGGAGCAUGAAACAUGCGAUGCGACGGUUCACAAGUCGGACGUGACGCGAACAAGACCCACCAGCUAUGAGAGAGAGUACCAUGAUAAGGUACCUACUAUGGCAACUCUCAGCGGUGGAGGCGUGGUGACGCACACAGCCCCGUCAUAUGAAGAGCAGCGCGCGAACCCUGCACUGCUAAGCCGUGGAGCCAGCGGCACUCCUGGGGGCCGCAGCGUCAGGGACGAUGGAUACUGUUCAGCUAGCAGCACGCCACGGGCUUUUGAUAACAAAUCAACGAAAGGCUCGGUUGUAACUCUGUCAUGUUAUAAAAAGGAGCCGAAAAUACAAAUAGAGGAAGAAUGCUUUUACAGUGAAACAUCGAAAAAGCUAAGAACAAAUAGUAUUAAACCAGAAGAGGGUGAUGGGCGCGAGACGUGGGGCACGGGGGCAGACUUUCUCCUGUCCAUCAUUGGAUUUGCAGUGGACUUGGCGAAUGUCUGGCGGUUCCCUUAUCUGUGCUAUAGGAAUGGCGGAGGAGCAUUCCUGAUCCCGUACACACUGAUGCUGGUCUUCGGAGCGGUGCCGCUGUUCUACAUGGAGCUCAUCCUUGGACAGUACAAUCGACAGGGACCCAUCACACUGUGGAAGAUAUGCCCGCUGUUUAAAGGUGUCGGCUUUUGUGCGGUCAUGGUGGCUUUCUACGUGUCGUUUUACUACAACGUCAUUAUUGGUUGGGCCCUCUACUUCCUAAUAUCAUCAGCUCGCUCAGAACUGCCGUGGGUGCAUUGUGACAACUCCUGGAACACGGAGCAGUGUUGGGACUCGGGCAGGAUUAACGGUACCAGUAACAGAACUGACGUGCGGUACCAAGGACCUCUGUCGCAUUUCACACCGGCUUCGGAGUUUUUUCAUCGAGCUGUCCUUGAAAUGCAACAUUCUGAAGGUCUGAAUGAUCUCGGCUUCCCGAAGUGGCAGCUGGCCAUCUGCCUGGGACUGGUCUACGUCACACUGUACCUAUCACUGUUCAAGGGAGUGAAGAGCUCUGGCAAAGUGGUAUGGCUAACUGCCACCAUGCCGUACGUGGUGCUGUCGAUCCUGCUGGCGCGAGGGCUGCUGCUGCCUGGAGCCACCAGGGGCAUCGCAUACUACCUGCAACCGGAGCUCACGCGAUUGAAGGACACACAAGUGUGGGUAGAUGCAGCAGUUCAGAUCUUCUACUCAGUAGGAGCUGGCUUCGGAGUACAUCUAUCCUACGCCAGUUAUAACACUUUCCACAACAAUUGCUACAGAGACUGCUUGGUGACUACAUUGGUAAACUGUUUUACUUCAUUCUUCUCCGGGUUCGUAAUCUUCACAUAUCUCGGCUUCAUGUCCUACAAGCAAGGAGUUCCCAUAUCUUCCGUUGCCACUGAAGGUCCUGGACUGGUAUUCCAAGUGUACCCAGAAGCAGUGGCUACCCUUCCUGGAGCGAGUCUAUGGGCGAUGCUAUUCUUUUUCAUGCUUAUAAUGCUUGGAUUGGAUUCGGGGAUGGGUGGUCUGGAGUGCGUGAUCACGGGGUUGCUGGACCAGGCGCGCGCGUGCGGCGCCGUGUGGCUCCGCCGCGAACACUUCACGCUGCUCGUCGUCUGCGUCUCCUUCUGCGUGGCCUGCAUCAAUGUCACACCGGGAGGUAUCUACAUGUUCCAUCUGCUGGACACGUACGCGGCCGGCAUCUCCCUGCUCUGCUCAGCGCUCUUCGAAGCCGUUGCCGUGUCAUGGUUCUAUGGUUUGAAGCGGUUCUCUGAUGACGUGGAAGAGAUGUUGGGUUUCAGACCCGGACUCUACUGGAGGAUAUGCUGGAAGUUCGUCAGUCCUACUUUCAUUAUUGGUGUAGUAGUCUUCGGUCUUCUAUAUCAGCAGCCGCUACAGUACCAGCACUACACGUACCCGCCCUGGGCGGUGGUGCUCGGCUGGGGGCUCGCCUGCUCCUCCAUCCUCAUGAUACCUGUUGUCGCCGUGUACAAGCUGCUGUCCACCCCCGGCACAUUCAGACAGCGUCUAGCAUGCUGCAUAUCACCAGAAUCUGAACACGAGGCGAUCAGGGGCGGAGCACCUGUCAGCCGCUUCACUUGGAAACACUGGCUUUACGUCUAAGCGAACAAACGCUUUGCUUGAACACUCGUGUCGUGGAAGACCCUGAGGAAGGGGUAUUGGAGCGGAGAAGAAUGGAGAAGAAACUAAAUAAAGAAGUUGCUGCUAAAAACUUCUGUGGUUUUGAUUCUGCGAAAACUUCUCGGUCUAAAGUAGGACCGAUUGUUCGAAUUGCUAAAAAAAUGUCGUCGUUACAAACUACAAUAUUGCAGUACUUCAUAAAGAGUUGUGAUUUUUUUAUUAAAACAAAAAUUACUUAGUUGGCACAACUGAUGGCCUAAUUGUCUAAAUGUAGGUAAAACAACAUGUAAGUUACCAAACUUCUCAGUGGAUCCAACGUUUUAUUUUAUCAAAUAGGUAUCUAUAUUCAGCUUCAGUUUAUAUUAAAGUUAUUUGUAUUGUACUAACGAAAGAGGUAUCGAACGAUAAAAAUGUUUCAAAACACUCUGCAUGGAAGAACUAUAAGUUCUGUAAAUAAAAUGUAAGAUAAUCAAAUAAUUUUAUAAAACUUUACUUUAUCGUAGAAAAAUAUGUAUAAAGUAGUGUUGUUGUACUGUCGUCCUGCCAAAAUAUUUAUCGGAAUAUAAUAUAUUUAUUACUAGAAAAAUGCAUGAUAUUCUGACUAUAUCAAAAUGUCUAAGAAAAAAAAGUAGACGAAAUUAAUGUUAAAAUAUUAUAAAUAUUUAUUUAUACACAUUUAUUUUAAUACUUAAUUAGAUAAAAUGCUACUUUGAGAAGUGUUGUAAAUGUAACUAGAGAAUUUAAUAAAAAAAUCUUGAGCUAAGUUUCUUGUCCCUAACUCGAGACUUAGAUAAUAUAAUUGUCACCAAAUAUUUAUAUUUUCGUCACACCUGAAAGAUGUCCACUGCUGGACAAAGGCCUCCCUCAAACUGGGCAGAUUUACCCAUACCUACUCACCGCGCUAGGCAUGCGUGGUGGUAAGCCCUAAUAUAUGCUGAAGAAAUCUAUGAUUAAACAUCAUUUUCACGGGUCAAAAUUAACCCCAUUGGGCUACAUAUCGACGUCUAAAUAAAAUUCAUCAUUAGCUAUACUUAAUAUUCUUAAGAGCUACUUACAAAGAAUUAGAAAAAAUGUAUCCCUAGAUACGCUUAAACCUAGAUGUAAUAAUAAUUGUAUGAUUACUAAAUCUACGUCCUACGCUGGCUGGACCAACUCGCAAACAAAUCUGUGACAAGCACAAUAAUUUUGUAUAUAACUAUAUAUCUUUGUACUAAAGUAUAUCUGACAAAUUGUACACUCUUGUAUCUUAUACUAGCGUCUACUGCUUACUGUGGAGUAUUUAAUUUUGUACUUAUUAUAAUAUUAACUAGAUAUCUAGUUUGAUACACAUCUCAAAAGAAGGGCUUGAUUCAGAAGGCAUUACCUAACCACCGGUGGCUUAGGACCCUAUGCCCGAUAGGUGGCCUAUUUUUUAUAUUUUUGAUUGAAUGUUAUUUUUAUUUAAUGUAUUAAUUAAAUAUGUUAAGAAUAUGUUUGUUAAUAAAUAAUAAAUUGGUGACACAUAGACAAGGGGAAAGAAUAAUUCUUGAAUUUUAUGUACCUAACCUUCGUCUGCCUACAAAUAUUAUGAGAUACAUUGAUAGUGCUGUGAUUUUAAACCAUGUUGGGUAACUGAGGAUUUUCAUUAUUGCCGCUUCUAAGCAAUAAAAAAAAAAGUAUGUUACAUUCAAAUCUACAAAGAGCAUGUAUGCUUCUUCUCACUAUUUGUUACUGUAACUUUUAAAAGGCCUAAUUAAAGUUUUUUUUAAAUUACCUACUGAACUUUACAAAAUAAACAUCUAAGUAGAUAAAACAAAACGAAUAACUACGAUAAUUUCUUAUUUGUGAAAAUAACUAUUUUAGAUUUAUAAAUAAAUGUGUAGUAAUACAUACGAAAGCAAAGCUCCAGGCGAGUAAAAAUAAAUUAGACAUUGUAAAAACGUAGUGUUGUGUUGUUCAUAAAUUCAUGUGUAGAUUCUAAAUAGUCGUGUAAAUAAUAAUUUAUUAUUGUAUUGAGUUGUCUGCAGCAGAUAAUGUUAAU